CUUCAGUUGUCUACGCUGCACGUUCCUCAUGGACUUCCUGGAGUGCUUACGUUCCACCUCCUCCGCGUCAGUAUACAAUGUAGCGGAGAGGAAGGCUUAUUUUCAAGACCAAGAGGAUGAGCCGAUCAGUUUACAGACUACCCGUCAUGAUCAAGCAUGGCUGCGUUUGAAUAAGUUAGCUUUUGAGGACACAUAGAGGGGGUUGUUGGGACUAAACGAGUAUGCCAUAGCGCAUUUUUUUUACAGACUAGAUUUGCAAGAAGACAUUUAAAAUGGUUUUGCGCACGGUAUUUCGCGCGGUCAUAAUGGGACCACCAGGCUCUGGGAAAGGCACAGUAUCCGACCGCAUAACUAAAACUUUUGGACUAAAGCAUCUCUCCAGCGGGGAUGUUCUAAGGGCGAACAUCGAGGCAAAAACAGAGUUGGGCCUUCUCAUGAAGUCGUGCAUCGACCAGGGUCAGUUAGUGCCUGAUGACGUCAUCUCCCGCCUCAUCUUAUCAAACCUGCGCAGCAUGGAGAAGACCAGCUGGCUGCUCGACGGCUUCCCUCGGACGGUGGCCCAGGCGGAGUCUCUGGAUGGCGUGUGCAGCGUGGACACUGUGAUCAACCUGAACGUGCCUUUCGACACCAUCAAGGAGCGCCUCACCUCCCGCUGGGUGCACCUCUCCAGCGGCCGCGUCUACAACACCAACUUCAACCCCCCCAAGGUCCCGGGCAUCGAUGACGUCACAGGGGAGGCCCUGAUCCAGAGAGAUGACGACACACCUUACACCGUCACCAGACGACUGAAAUCCUACGAGCAUCAGACGCAACCUGUGCUGGAGUACUACAGGAGUAAAGGAGUCCUGGAGACCUUCUCAGGGACCGAAACCAACAAGAUCUGGCCACACGUGCAGGCCUUCCUCGCCAGGAAAAUCCCCUCGUCCCCGGGAGGCCAGGCAGCUGCAGGGAAGGCCUAGCUCCAGCCAGACUCCUCCGGUUCAGGCCGCCGGUGCCGCUGGCUCAGAGUAAACACCGAGAUCAGAAGGAAACGCUGCAAUAGGGCCACUGAGAGGGGGCAGGAGCUGCUCUCUCUGGAGUGGGGGGGGGGCACGGUGACCUUGCAUGGAAGGUCGACAUUUUAUAGGUUGUUCUUCUCUGAAUGCACUGACCAUAUCAUUUAUUGCAUCGCGCAUGCAGCAGUAAGACUCAAAGUAAUACGCCAAAAAACAAACAAAAAAACACAUUUUGGCCACAGGCUGUUAAAGCUAUUUGUUUAUAUCAUGCUGCAAUAAAUCAUACAGGUCAGUGCAUGUUCAGAGAAUGCAGAUUUCUAUCAUUGUACCGCAGUGUAGGCUACCUCUUAGUUUUGUUCUCAAUGUUAGGGACUGAAGUGCAUCGCCUCUGUCUGCACAUUUAGAAUGCACCUUUGUGCAUCAGGUGUGCUGCAGGUAUUGGCAAAGAGUCCAUCUCCCAGACAGACCAGCCUCUGAGUUCUCUAGUUACUCACAGUUGAAUAGUGUGUGGCCUUUGUGCCACGCAAACACACACUUACUCUCUGUACUCGGGAGCGUUCUGGCGGCUGUAGCUCCCCACAAGCCUCUGGAGGAAAGGAUCCAACCCAGAGCAGAUGAUUCACUGCCUUCACAGCCACAGUGCCUGAACAGGGACCACAGGAAUGGCAGAGACGGUUUGAGAAUAGAGGCCCAAACCGCUCUGUGUGGAGCACCAGUGCAGGUGAAGAUGAUUGGGUAAAUUUAAAACAAAAAGUAUUGAAUGACCUGUGAUGGUGGAGAGAGGACAUUAGAUAGGCUACUCGUUGAACCAGGGGACUUAAACCACACGUGUGUGUGUGUGUGUGUGUUUGUGUGUGUGUUUUAUCAUUAUCAUAGGAACCACUUUUGCUUUGAUUGUUGCAGAAAUAAUUUAAUAGUAUUUUUCAAUUGUGAAUCACUCUCGUCUUAAAGUAGGAAAAUUGUAGCAGAACCAUUUCAAUUGCUAUGCUGCUCGCGUGUAUGCUAUGCUAACAAAUCUGUUCCUGGGUGCAAUGUUUCUGCCUGACCAUCCAUAGCCUCCAGUAGCAGCAUUGCUGGCUGCAAUGUAGCAGUGUUUAAGAUACUGUAUGGGGUGUGACACGUAUAUUAAUGAGUGUUAUUGGUAGAUCAAGAACAGUUUAUAAUCACAAUCAAGGUAUUCAAUUGCUAUAUAGCACUUUAAUUGUCUAAAUAAUGGUCUUAGACUCGUCUGGAAAGGGACAGUCUUAGAUAUGUAAUCUUAAGUCACUAUUGCACACAGAAUGCCUUGUGAUUUUUAAAGUCUUAACAUAAUUUUCUAUGAUUCUUAUUUUGGUAGAAUAAGAUUAAUGUUAUUGAGUGUGGACCAUCAGGUUAGAAGACUGCAGCACAGUCUUGAGAAUAAUAUUUUCUUUUUGGCAUGCAUCACCUGUGACAUAAAACAAUGUUUGAUUUUUAAAAAAAAAUAAGUUUGCAAUAUGAGAAGGGAUCAGGCUUUAUAAAGAUAGUAAUAACCUAUAGUUUAGAAAGGGAUCAGGUUUUAUAAAGAAUGUAAUAACAUAUAGUUUAGAAAGGGAUCAAAUUGUUCAUACUUGAGAAAAUCUGUUUGUGAAAUAACUUUUUUCGUGUACUUGUGCUCUGUGCUUUUCCAAAAAGUGUCACGGUCACAAGGACACCCCAUUAAAAGGUAUUUUAGAAUACAUUUUAUUUUCAAUAAAUACUUACUAGAAAAACAAA